GAUGCCUUUAUAAUUUAUAAAUGAAUUGGAGAGAGGAAUCAGUUGGAAGUCUAUGACAUCCUGAACUAAAACUCGAAUGGAAGCCAAUGUUGAAUUAAUUGGAAAGCAAGCAUAUUCUGAAUUUGAUCCAUAUAGCGAGUGGCAAAAGGAGGAAUUUGAUGUUCUUAUAGUCCAUAUCCCAGGUAGACUAACGAUGCAAGUUUUAUUCUUCUCCCGGUUCCAAGAAUUCACUAAUAAACAAGGCUUGAAGGUGCAAAUUAGCAAUUUGGGAGUGGUCAAGAUUUCUGGAGAUCGUCAAGUCGGUAAUUUAAGAACUAGAUUUUAUAAGGAAUUCCCAAUACCAAAAUACUGUAAUACAGAUGCAAUCCAAGCAAAAUUAGCAAAAGGUUCUCUCAAGAUUUCAUUUCCAAAGAAAGUUACAGCCCCUCCACCAUUAGCUGUUAAUCCUAAAGCAGAUGAAGAAACAUCACCAACUCUAAAAGAAAAUAACUCAACUACAUCCACGAAAGUAGAGGACGAAACAACAAACAACUCAAGAUUGAAGAAGAUCAAGAAUGUAGCUACGAGCGUUGCAGCUAUGGUGGCUGUGAUUUCUGUCAUUACUUACUAUCUGUAUAGCUCUACAAAUAGUUGAAGGAUAGUUUAAUUAUUUAUGCAAGAAAUAAGUUGGGAUCUUUGUGGUCGUUUAUAGUUAUACUCUUGUGUAAAUCGUCCAAACAUUUGGGAAUUUGUAUUAGAUGGAUUUCUCUUAUCGUUUA